CGGAAAGUCAGGUCUAGACUUGUUCCCUAAUCGGUAUUUCUACAUUGGACAUGCUGGAAACGAUUGGUAAGCGCCUUGAUUAGUACCUACACGUUAAGGCGGCUUUAGCCACCGUAAAUACCGCAAUGGCAACGCCUACGGUGCAGGUCGCGACAUACGUGUUUAUCGAUUUAGAAACCACCGGGCUCCCUAAGGAAGAGAACAACAGGACGAAAAUCACGGAAAUUAGUAUGGUGGCAGUGAAACGAGACCAUUUGUUGGACACGCGGCCCGGCGCGGCGCCACGGGUGCAACAUAAACUGACUUUAUGUUUGAAUCCAGGGAGAAUGAUACAUCCUGACUGUACCAAGGUUACAGGCCUUUGCAACGACCUCUUGGAAUACGAACCAGACUUCAACAUCAAUGUGUUCAACAUGAUCAAUACAUUUCUGAAUGUGUUGUCAAAGCCAGUGUGUUUGAUCGCUCAGAAUGGUGCAGGUUUUGACUUCCCGAUCCUCAAAUGUCAAGUGGAAUAGUUGAAAGUUGCUUUCUCCGACGAUUUAUUGUGUGCAGACUGCUAUCAUGGGUUUUUUGACAUAAUGGAAGCUAAGAAAAGUAUUUUUAACACUGAAAUCUUCAAAGAGAAUGCUCAGACCAUAGAAAAUGGUCAAAUAUUAGAGAAUAGCCACAUCAUAGAAAAUGGUCAACACACUGAAAAUGUUCACACCAUAAAGAACAGUCACACCAUAGAAAAUGAGGAUAAGAAUGAACUGUAUACAUUGAAGAAUACAUUACACAUGAAAUUAAAAAAUGAGUCUACACCACAAGCUAAACACAAUGGCAAUGUUACACCAAGAGAAACAAAUAAAAAAAUAAGCAAGGCAAGAAGACGAUUCCCUUGGAGUGAAGGAAGCAAGCCCAAAGAUUCAUACAAGUUGAAGGACAUUUAUGAAAGACUGUUGAAUCGUCCUCCGUUAGAGGCUCAUCGAGCAGAGAAUGACUGUAUAUUAGCCUUGGAAUGUUCUGUAGCUUUAGGCCAAGAGUUUGUGCAGUGGGUCGACAAAAAUUACUUUUCUUUUGCAAAAGUGGUACCUAUGACUCCUGGGGUGCCUUUGGGAUCAUGAUAGCUUCUAUUUGGUGCUUAGUUUAUUUUGUAUUCUGCUUUUUUUUUAUUUAUAAUUGUUAGUUGUAGAUAAAACUGUGUUCAUGGUAAUAGAUCAUUUAUAAAAUUUUAUUUACUUGUGAUAAAAAUUUAUAUUGUUAAGAUUUUUAUUUUACUUACCUAUGGUGUUUGCAAUUUGUGUAAUUCUUUCUCAAACUUUGUUAAUUUAAUAUUGUAAAAACCAAAUAUUUUAUUUGUAUUAAUCUUCAAUUACAAACUGUAAUUAUUUCCCUUAAUAAUGGGCUCAAUAGUACAUAUUGGUGAUUUAACUAGGUUUUUUUAGGCGCUGUAUUUACAUGUGUAAUUAUAUGGUUUUAAUUAAUUGGCUAUAAUAAUGAAGUACCAAAUAAAUUGUGUAGGACUUUAUUUAAAAGUUAUUUUAUAAAUUGACUUUUUUUCUAUGUGAUAAAAUGUUUUUAAAGACUAUUAAAGAUUUAGAUUUAUUGAAAUAAAUGUAUUUUUUAAUUAUA